AAAGUUCUUCAGGGAGAACGUGAAAUGGCGUCUGACAACAAAACUCUUGGAGAAUUUGACCUUGUUGGGAUCCCACCUGCGCCGAGAGGAAUGCCACAGAUCGAAGUGACAUUCGACAUUGAUGCAAAUGGUAUCGUUACAGUCUCAGCGAAAGACAAAGCCACAAAUAAAGAGCAACAGAUCACAAUCAGAUCUUCAGGUGGUCUCUCAGACGAUGAGAUUAACAGAAUGGUCAAAGAAGCUGAGCUUAACGCACAGAAAGAUCAAGAGAAGAAGCAACUUAUCGACCUGAGGAACAGUGCUGAUACUACAGUAUACAGUGUUGAGAAGAGCUUGAGUGAAUACAGAGAGAAGAUUCCAGCAGAGGUUGCCUCUGAGAUUGAAACUGCAGUGUCUGAUCUGAGGACUGCUAUGGCUGGUGAGGAUAUUGAGGACAUCAAGGCUAAGCUUGAAGCUGCGAACAAGGCAGUGUCA